CGCCGGGAGCACGCGGCGGCCGCGCGGUCCCUCCGGCCGAGCGGGAUCGGGAGCGGGAUCGGGAUCGGGAUCGGGAUCGGGAUCGGGACCGGGACCGGGACCGGGACCGGGACCGGGACCGGGAUCGGGAGCGGCCGGUCUCCCUCACGGCGGGGCUGGUGGCGCGGCUCGGCCGCCGCCUGGCCGCCAUGGGCCGCAGGGCGCGGGACCGCCGGCGGCAGCAGCAGCAGCAGCGGCAGGAGAGGCCGGAGCGGAGCGGCGGCGGCGGGGACCAGGCGGGCUGGGCCGGCGGCUACCCCGAGAUCGUGAAGGAGAACGAGCUGUUCGAGCGGUACUACCGGGAGCUGGGCAUCGUGCCCGCCGGAGAGUGGGACGCGUUCAUGGCGGCGCUGCGGGAGCCGCUGCCCGCCACGCUGCGCAUCACCGGCUACCGCAGCCACGCCAAAGAGAUCCUCCACUGCUUGAAGGAAAAGUACUUCCGAGAGCUGCAGGACCUGGAGGUGGAUGGCCAGAAAGUCGAGAUGCCGCAGUCGCUGAGCUGGUACCCUGAAGAGUUAGCCUGGCACACUAACUUGAGUAGAAAAAUCUUACGCAAGUCCCCACAGCUGGAAAAGUUUCAUCAGUUUCUGGUUAGCGAGACAGAAUGUGGAAAUAUCAGCCGUCAGGAAGCUGUUAGUAUGAUCCCACCUCUGCUGCUUAAUGUUAGCCCUCAUCAUAAGAUCCUAGAUAUGUGUGCUGCUCCUGGAUCUAAGACUGCACAGCUCAUUGAAAUGUUGCAUGCAGACAUGAAUGUUCCUUUUCCCAAUGGUUUUGUAAUUGCCAAUGAUGUUGACAACAAGCGCUGCUAUUUACUGGUUCAUCAGGCUAAGAGAUUAAACAGUCCAUGCAUCAUGGUGGUAAAUCACGAUGCCUCCAGCAUUCCUAAUCUGCAGAUAGAUGUUGAUGGAAGAAAAGAGGUCCUCUUCUAUGACAGAAUUUUAUGUGAUGUCCCCUGCAGUGGAGAUGGAACCAUGAGGAAAAACAUCGAUGUGUGGAAGAAGUGGACAACACAAAACAGUUUGCAGCUCCAUGGAUUGCAGUUGAGAAUUGCAACCCGUGGUGUUGAACAGCUGGCAGAAGGCGGGAGAAUGGUGUAUUCCACAUGUUCCUUGAAUCCCAUCGAAAAUGAAGCUGUGAUCGCAUCUCUGCUGGAAAAGAGUCAAGGUGCCUUAGAACUUGCUGAUGUCUCUUCUGAGUUACCAGGUUUGAAGAGGAUGCCAGGAAUUACAAAAUGGAAGGUGAUGCUGAAGGAUGGACAGUGGUUUGAGGAGUGGAAAGAUGUGCCUUCAAACAGACAAACACAAAUACGUCCUACUAUGUUUCCACUGAAAGAUGAAGAGAAGCUAAAGGCAAUGAAUCUGGAGCGCUGUCUUAGGAUAUUGCCACAUCACCAGAACACAGGUGGCUUCUUUGUGGCUGUCUUAAUAAAAAAGUCUCCAAUGCCGUGGAAUAAACGUCAGCCUAAGGUUCAUCAGAAAUUACCACAAAGAACAGGAGAUACUGAAGUGACAGCAGCUAAUUCAGGUAAUGGUUCUGACUGUAUUAUUGAAGAACCAAAACUUGCUGAAAAUGAAGAAUCUAAGAAAAUGCAAGAGUUGCAGAAUUUGGACACUGAGCAGAGUAAAAAGGAAGGAGUAUGCGGACCACCACCAUCUAAAAAAAUGAAGCUGUUUGGUUUUAAAGAAGACCCUUUUGUGUUUCUCCCUGAAGAUGAUCCAUUGUUCCAUCCUAUCCAGAAGUUUUACGCAUUGGACCCAUCAUUUCCCAAGAUGAAUUUACUGACUCGAACUCAAGAAGGAAAAAAGAGGCAGCUGUACAUGGUUUCUAAGGAGCUAAGGAAUGUGCUCCUGAACAAUAGUGAGAAGAUGAAGGUUAUCAACACAGGGAUAAAAGUCUGGUCUCGCAACAGUGAUGGUGAACAGUUUGGAUGUGCAUUCAGAUUAGCACAAGAGGGAAUUUAUACUCUGUACCCAUUCAUUCAUGCAAGGAUUAUAAAUGUCUGCAUAGAAGAUGUCAAAAUUCUGCUAACCCAGGAAAAUCCAUUCUUAAGUAAAUUUAGCAGUGAAACACAGAAGAAAGUCAAAGAUAUGGCAAUGGGAAGUAUAGUUCUGAAGUACGACCCAGACCCUGAAAAACCUCAUGAUCUUCAGUGUCCAAUAGUGCUGUGUGGCUGGCAAGGGAAGACCUCACUGCGUGCCUUUGUGCCCAAGAAUGAGAGACUUCAUUACCUGAGGAUGAUGGGAGUUGAAGUGUUUAAAGCAAAGAGGAAAGAGGAGGAAUUGGAAACCAAAACAGAGGAAGAAGUUCAACACAGACUGGUGCAAACAGAGGAAGGAAUGGAUGUGGAAGAUAAAGAACAUGAUUUAGUCACAAAAAUGGAAGCAGAAAUAGGUGAAGAGUCUUCUCAGAGUCCUGUGGAAAGCAGUGCUAUGGAAAUAGAAAAUAAAAUUGAGGAUUUAGAUCAAUCUAAUAAAAAUGCCAACACUCAUGUAAGCCAGGAAGGCAAAGACACGGAUGCAAGUAAUGUGAAAGAUUAGGUUUCUUUCUGUAUUACUUGGCAGCUUCCAUGAGGCUCACAUCCAGACUUUUGCUUUUAGCAUGAGACUGUAUUUUAAAAUUUGGUCAGAACGGGAUGUUCCUCUUUUAAAGUUUCACCUAUUUUAUAUUUUAAAUGAAAGCUAUAAAGAGA